GCCCGGACACCGACUCUAUUUAUGGGUAGUUUUUAUUGAAAAUACCGAUAACUAUAAGUACUGUAAAUUGAUAAAAUUUACAACGUCGGCUGAUAACAUUUGUGCCCCAACUUACAAUUAUUGACAGUGAAAAAUAGACGUAUUUGCAUGUAACAGCAAUUUAAUCCAUUCAGUGUUAAGCGUAAAUCCACAUUCGGAUUUCAAUUGAAUAAGAAUCAGAAAUCAAAUAAACUGAAUUUCGAUUGAUUGUUUCACACGGUGGAUUGAGAUUUAAUGUUGAGACGUUUGCUUAAUUUAAUGUAUUAAUAAGUUUGGAAAAAAUCUCGUCAGUUUAUUUGUUUUAUAUUACAAAAAACGAUGUCAAUUUUAAGUUAUUAUAAAAAUGUUUUAUUUUAUCCUAACGCGCAGGAUAUGAGAACGUUUAUUGUACAAUAAAGAAGUGCUGAAUAUAGAAAUAGGUUGUUCACAUUUUUCGUUUAAAGACAAGUUACCAUGGAUAUUGUUUGUUUGGAUAUUAUCUUGUCACUAGGCAGGUUUUAACGUUUGCUGGUUCACACCAAUCAUCGGGGCAAAUUUGUGUCGUCCUUUCUGGAAUACUUAUAUCUAGUCUGUAGUACUACAUACGAACGAUCUAGUCACCAAAAUGCCGUCCCUCCAAAACGUGAGUUACAACUCGUCACGUGUGCAACGAGCUUACAGAAUAAACAAUAUUGAAACACUCAAACUAAAUAAUAAGAUUCAGUUGCUCGAAAAGGAGCGGUUACAUAAUCAGAGGUUGACUAAUCAAGAUAUCAGACUUAUAUCAUUGACAUUGGAUUAUAUACAGACAUGUAGUGGUCAUAGUGCCGAAGGGCUUGCCCCCGAUGUUAUUUGGGAAGAAGAUGAAGAAAAAGAAAGUCAUAGGGGGCCUACAUUUUUAUACGGCGAGAGAAUUGUAAGUCGAAAAAAGCGACGAAAUAUGCGGCCACAAUCAGCUAUGGAGAAAACGAGCAGCAGACUGGGUAGCGAAACAGCGUCUACUGUUUCUACAACAGAACUUGCACUUCGGCCGCAAAGUAGUCCGAAUCGCCGCAAGCCUGCAUUUGUCACACAUCUUAAAGAUGAUGAAUCAGUGUUUUCCUCAAGCAAUGAAUCAGCCAGGAGUGGGUUUAGCACACCGUCUGAAAGAUUUAAACCUGCAUGGAUGGAUGAACCAGUGCCUGACGUAACUAAAAUAUUACUCCGCGCUGCCAAUAACAACAACAGACGCGAAUCAGUCUUCAAUCGUACUAGAGCUGGACCAAGGGAAUCAAGCUCUUUACGUGGUUUAAGAAAGAGUUCAUUAGGCUUGCCAACCGUUAGAUCAGCAGAAGACCAACCUCAAUCGCACUCACCGGAACGCGGUUCGCGCAUUACUGACAUUCUUAACCGGGGACCUAAAACAACAAUGUCGGCAAGCGCUUGGAAAGCACACUUGAGUCAUGCUCAGACUGGUCCGGUUUCAAGCUCUUCACAAAAACAAUACGUUCUUGAAACUAAGAAAGCCAUGAACAAUACUCGAACUGAAGUUCUUAGGGGUAGAGUUAAAAAGUUCGUUGAAGAUUCAGAGUGAAUCUAGUCUAAACAUUAAAAAAUACUUGCAUAUUUUAAUUACAUGAAUUUCGUUAUUAUAAAAAAAGAAAAAAAUGAUAUUUUAUUAAACAGAACACAAUUUUUAA